AUUUUAAAUAACAAUAACAACAGUUCAGUAAUGAACCGAUUGAUUGUUCAUUCAUCGACUUCUUCUGGAGAAUUCUGUCCGCCUCAGGCACCAACACGUGACCACCCGAAGACUUGUUUGGCUUCGUCUGUUCCUCCUUCAGUCUACAGUCACUCACCUCCACGACGCCAUGCUCACCUCGGAGCCUGCCAUCAAACGCUCCUCCUCCUCGCUGUCGGCGCAGCAGAAUGGCCCCGAUGCCAAGCGCGUCAAGCGCCCCUACCAUCACCAUCACCGUCUACAAAAUCCCGUCAACCCAGCCAUCCCGGAGCCCGCGAUCACGGAUGCCGCCUCCGUCGACCAUUUGAUGAACCGCUCAAUCAGCCAGUCUCUACACCAAGCUGGAUUCGACCUGGCCCGUCCGGCCGCGCUGGAUGGAUUUCGCAACGCCACAGAGGAGUAUCUUCUGAGAUUCGCCUCAUAUAUCCGUCAGUCGAUGCUCUCGAACCGUCGCAUCCAGCCUAUCCCCCAAGAUUUCGAACAUGCCUUGAAACGACAAUCCCUGCGCGUCGACGACCUCAUCCCGCUCGCCAAACCUCCCCCGACCUCUGAGCCCAUCCCCACCCUUCUACCGAGUCCUCCGCCGGAAGACGACUCCUUCAAGACUCUACCAUCGCUCGGUCCGCAGCUGAGCGGCGAAGACGACCGAGUGCGAAGCGCACACAUCCCUAAACAUUUCCCGGAAUUCCCGAGCAAACACACAUACCGGCACACUCCGGUCUUCACGGAACGAGAGCAAGAUGCGCGGAAGAUUCGCGAACGCGCGACCGAGGACGGCCGCCACGGAGAGGAGGCCCUGCGCAAGCUGGCUCGCGCAGCCUUCAAGGACAACCAGCUGGGAGCGGCCGGCCGCGACAAGAAAGCAUGGGGCAAGAGGACGGAGAGCAUGGACAGCAUGUUCGAGAAGACGAUCAAGGGCAUGUUGAAGAAGACGCCCAAGGCCUUGCCUGCGCCGGGAUCGUCCGCGCCCAUGGAGAUCGACUCCGGCGCGGCGGCCGACGCAGAUGUCAAGUCGGCCCGGAACAAGACGGCCCUGAGCAUCGAGCUGCCGCCGAUCAUCAACUGCGAACGAGACCUUUGGCGCAAGUCCACGGUGUCGCGGGAUCGGAGACCCGAGGAGAAGCCGCCGGCGUCGAAGGAUCAUCCGAACCAUCCGCGAGUGGAAAAUUGGGUGUCUUCAAUCCUCAUCAUAAAACCCACUCAACCCCCAAAAGCCGCUCGAAAAGAUGAAAAUAUCAUACCGUCUGAACAGCCUCACGACGGGCUUGCACACCACCACACCCGGCUUGGGAACCCCGUCCUGCGGCGGAUUGCACGAGUACUGGACCAUUUCGAGGAGCUUGCAUUUCUCGAGCUCGACGGGCCCGCCUUUGCGGCGUCGUUCUUGGAAGUUUUUGCGGAUGAUGCUGACAUGCUCCUGCAUGACCUGCAAACCAUCUAUGAGAAUGUCGGGGACACUGGUCCCCUGAACCAUCGCCUGGGUGUCACGGAGAUCGAUGACCUGCUCGAUGUCUUCAUGCAGGGGUUCUCUGUGCGACCGGUUCAGGAGCAUCCGCAUUCGGAGGAGGCUGGUCCUGCUCUGGUUGGGGAUGAAGAUGGGGAAUAUGCCCAUGAUUAUGAGGAUGAGGAUGGUCAGGACGAGCGGCAAUUGGACGAGACUCCUGUGAAUCUGCCCCGUUGGGAGGAUAAUCCCACGUCGACUCGCGUCCACCGCGACCCUGUUCUCGAAGUAUCAAGCACUUCGUCCGCGGCCGGCAAGUCGCAGAUCCUGUACUAUCUGGCCGCCAACGCGGUUCUGCCGUGUGUUUUCGCUGGAACGCAAACCGGGGGAUUUGAAUCCGCUAUUGUAUUCAUCGACACCGACGGCCGGUUCGAAGCGGACAGACUCCGAACGAUAGCUCGAGGGAUCGUACAGGAUCGAGUGCAACAGACUGCUGAACACGACCCACCCAAUCCUCUGUCCAUGUCUAACCCGGACCUUGAAUCCAUGCUCUCCUCAUCCCUCCAACACGUCCACGUCUUCCGUCCUCAAUCGUCCUCCGCCCUCCUCGCCACUCUUCAUGAUCUCGAUACCUAUCUGUACGACCUCCGCCGUCACUUCUCGGCCCCUCGGCCCCUCCGCACUAUCUUCAUCGACAGCGCCGGCGCCUUCUUCUGGCAGGAUAAACUCCACGACGAGGUCGCUCGCACGGAAGAUAUCGGCCGUCCAUAUGCAGAGAUCGAGUACGAACGCAGCCAAAACCAGAGCUUCUAUCUCGCGGACCUCUACGCCGAGCUUGUUGUCCAGUUGAAGCGUCUGCAGAGCUUAUUUAGUUGCUCGGUCGUCUAUACCACCACCACUACUACUACGUGGAGCGGACGACCAGGGCCCUUUGAACUGUAUAACCCGAUGGAGGAGCUGGUGUCUCGGCCCAGGGGACCGGCAUUCCGGGCCUCGCUGCCCCCGCCGUGGGGUGUUUUUCCGCACUUGAGGCUUGUCGUGCAGAGGGAUCGGGUGAGGCCGUUUCCGGUCGAGAUGUCGGCGGUUCAGGCGCAGGAGCAGGCGGAGUUGAGGAGGGAGGUGGUGCUGAAGGGGAGGUUUCUGGUCUGGGUGAAUGGUUGGGGGAGGGAGGAUUGGCCAAGGAGAGUGCGUGAGGGUCUGGAGAGGAGGAAUGAGGGCAUGUUUGGGUUUCGGGUCACUGGGGAUGGGGUGUGGUUUACUUGA